CGACCAGGUCAUAUUCUAAAACGAGGCCACCACCAUGACUGCCGCAGACACGAGGAAUGCAACUAGCACCGCUCCGAUCAAGGUGACGGACUUUGACAUUGUUGCCAAGGAAGUCCCCGGACCGAAGUAUGUCCUGGCCGAGGACUACAACAACGGAAAACACAUCGGAAACAACCGUUUCGACGUUCUCGUCGAUAUGUACGUGGACGAUUUCCAUAUGAACCAAUCCAAGAACCAUCGCGCCGAAUGCGAUCGAAUCAUCGGAAUCAUCCGGAACGUCAACAGCCGAGGCCGGUUUCUUGGCAAGGCACUAACAACACCCGGAGAAGGCGAUGGCGACAGCGACAGCGAUCGCUUUAUUGAACUCAGCGACAAGGACGCAAGGCUCCUCAUCGAGGAAACCAUCACGACGCGCAUCGAAGCGAAACAGAAAGAAAUAUUCGAGCCACUCCCCCUCCUAGAUGCCAUUGGGUUUGGUAGGGAAAGUUUUUACAACGAGGGGAAGCACUACGAUAACAACCACAACAAUAUCGAUGGCACAAACACCGGGAAGACGGGGCCACCCGUGCUCCGGCGGUCUCGAUCGGCCUCCGAAAUGGGCUCGGACGCCGACGAUGCCUUUUGGGAGGUUUUGAGAGACCUCGAACCAGAACCAGUAGACUACGAAUCCAACCGGCAGGCCGACGAGUUCGAGCCCCUGCCCCUCCACGCGAACGACUCCAGCUGCAUCGACCCCGACCUCGUACUUCGCACGACGAGAGGUUAUAGAACCAACCACAACAACAACACCGGCGACACCAAGAAACGGGGGCGGCGUUACUCGCUGCUCCGGCGCUCGAAUUCCUUCGAGUCGGCCUUCGACCGGAAGAAAACCAUAAAGAAUCUCUACGGGGUCGUGCCGAAACUGCGGCAGCGGCCCGGCCCCCUGAUUCCCUCCUUUGACGAUCCACAGGCCUCGUCGCCCGCCUUUGUGGCGGACGCGAUCCACUCGACCAUGGACAUGAUCGCCGGAAUGGGCCGGGGGGCAACAUCCGGUGCGGGUGUUCGCACGCACCGGGGGAUGGACGUGGUCUUCGAGCAGAAGGAUCCCUCCGCUCCCGGCGGCGGUUACGCGCUCAGCCCGAAAGCGGACAUCGUGGGGAACAACCGGCUCCGGGUCCUGAUCGACCUCGAAAAGGACCGCGUGGGGAGGCUGCCGACGGUCGAGCAGCACACCGCCGCGAGCGGGAUGGUCACCACCGUCACCAACGACUGGAAGGGCCGGUUGCUGGUCGACCGGGGCCGCUUCGCGUCGUACGCCUCCCUGGGCCGCGAGGAAGCCACGGCGGCGGUCCUCUGCCUCCUGGUCGGGCCCAGCGGUGGUACCCCCGCGCACGGUGCCACCAGGCCCGCGGCCGCGUCGGGAGCAACGUCCUCGCUGCUGUCGUCGGCGCCGCCCCUCCCCGCGUUUUUGCUCAAGGCCUCGAACGAGAUCCUCAACGGCGGCCGGCAAAAGCACACCAUGACCACGAAGGAACGGCAAGCCAGAGCGGUCGAGAACCUAAAAGCGCGGCAGCUGGCCAAGGAGAAGGACAAGGAGAAGGACUAGCUCCUCACACGGUGUGUGCUGGCGGGGGUCUAGCCGAAGAUGUGUUUGCUGUCACGGUUCAACGGACCGAUCGAGUGCCUAUGGUGCUAUCUGUGCCAAUAGUUCAAUAUUUACUAAAGAGAAACAGCCUAU